AUGGAAAGACUGGUGCUGCAUCUGACGGCGGCGGUGAGGCAACCAACGGUGGCGGGUAUACUAUGGGAAGCACUUCAGGUGGCGGAGAUAACGGCGGCGUGGGGGGCGGAGGAGACGGGACUAACGGCGGCGGAGGCGAUGGAGAUGGCGGGGGAGGUGAUGGGAUUUGAGGACGGAGGGGAGGCCGGCGGCGGUGAAGAAACUAGAGGCGGCGGAGACGCCGGAGCAACUGGCGGCGGCGGGAGGGUUACUAUCGGAGGAGGUGAAGAAGGUAUUAAAGGUGGGGGGAACACAAUUUGUGGUGGCGGCGACGCAACGAGCGGUGGAGGCAAAGGAACCCUCGGCGGCGGCCUACGGCGGGGCGACGGCGGCGAUCUUGGCAGAAAAGGGUUUGUAGGAGAAGUGCGUUGA